UGGAGGCGCCUGAGGAAAUUAGACAAUACACGUCUAUAGUUUUAAACAAAAAACACACAGAUACAGUUUGAGUAUAGUCAUGUCUGUAAAUUAUGCUGCUGGCCUCUCUCCGUACGCCGACAAAGGCGUUUGUGGGCUUCCUGAGACGUUUGAUAGUCCUGAGGAGCUGAAGGUGAAGGUGGAGGCUCUUGCUCAAUUAAUCAGAGAGUCGCAAUACUUGGUCGUCCACUCAGGAGCCGGAAUCAGCACCUCUGCAGGCAUCCCAGACUUCAGGGGUCCGAAGGGUGUGUGGACCUUAGAAGAAAAGGGCGAGUCGCCUCACUUUGAUACCACGUUUGAAGAGGCCCGUCCCAGCCUGACUCACCUGGCACUCCUGGGACUACAGAGAGCCGGGUACCUCAAGUAUCUCAUCAGCCAGAACGUCGACGGCAUUCAUGUUCGCUCAGGCUUCCCAAGGGAUCUGUUGUCGGAGCUUCACGGAAACAUGUUUGUGGAGGAAUGUGAGAAAUGCGGCAGACAGUAUGUCCGAGAAAAGGUGAUUGGAGUGAUGGGGCUGAAGCCCACCGGACGCUACUGCGACGUGGUGCGAUCGAGAGGACUCCGAGCCUGCAGGGGGAAGCUGAUCAGCACCAUACUGGACUGGGAGGACGCGCUUCCCGACAGAGACCUGAACAAAGCCGACAGCGCCAGCAGAAAGGCAGAUCUGGCGUUGACUCUGGGCACAUCCAUGCAGAUCAAACCCAGCGGUGACCUUCCACUCCUCACCAAGCGCAACGGAGGCAAAAUUGUCAUCGUCAACCUGCAGCCCACCAAACACGACAAGCAUGCACACCUCCGCAUCAACGGCUACGUGGACGAGGUGAUGAGGCAGCUGAUGGAGCUGCUCGGGUUGGACAUCCCGAAGUGGGAAGGACCAACCGUCUGCGAGAGCUCCACGGGCACAUCUGAGCCCGCCGCCGACAACAAGCCACCGCCUGGCAUUACUCAGAAGAAAAACAUCAAAAAGCAACAGGAGACAAAAAGAAAAGCGGCGCAGGUGGCAGAGGAUGGCAUUAAGGAGGAGCCGCUUUCUGCGAAAAAGGAGAAAACAGACUCAGACGAAGACAAACAACCUUAGCUCCUAAUUGUUGAAAACAAUUUGGAAAACAUAAACCUGUCCAGAAACAAAGCCAUGUGGUUUCACGGAGGAGCGGGGAUUUUUCUCAUGCAACCCCGUCUGGACAGAAGACAUCUUCCUGUACUGUACUAGUUUAAUUACUCUGAGAUUUAUGACUCUCCCUUUCCAGCAGGUGGGCCCUCCUGGCCCCGAAGGCCCGCUGACCUGCACGCACUCGCCGUCUCCCCGCCGCACCACGGCUGAAUUUAAUGAAUGUCUGCCGCUACGCAGAAAGCCCUGAUAGCCAGUUACUCAUUAAAGUGAGGUCUGAUUAAGCCGAGACGUGCCGACGCCGUCCGCGCCUGUGACUUGAAGCUGAAAUGAAUGAAAGCCUCCCGUCUUCUCGUCAAAUUGGAGUCCUGUGAAAACGCAGGCCGUGGCGACGUUCCCCAGGCCGUUGAACCGGAGAGGACUGCUUAUUAUUCAGUUUUCAGCUUUGGGGAGAUUCAGGUGAGAUCUGGGACGUGUCCUCAGAGAUGAAGUUGUUAAUGAGGUGUGUGGGGUGAAGUCAGGAAGCUUUAUUUGAGCCACACUUCAUCCUUUGAGACAGUAACUUUAAAGCUUACGUUUUUUCCCCCCCUGCUAAUCAUUCAUGAGAAGAAACACCAAGCAGGUGUCUUCAGAUGUCGUCGAGCUCCACAUAGCAAAUGGACAUUUUAUUCUGGACCAUGAGAACUUUAAUAAUACUGGUUUUAUCUCAGGAAAAAGCGUCAUAUUCACAUAGAGAAGUCUUUUCACUGUGUGUGUGUUUUUUUUUUUUUUUUUUUACAUAAUGCUCAGUGUAUACGUAUGUUUUGACAAUAAAUACAACAAUUUUGUGAUAGA